AGCAUUCUGCUAUUAAACUCUCGACCAGUUUCCCAACGAUUUCAAAAAAAGCAAAACCAUGAAGAACAAAUUGUUGAUCUGCUUCAGACCCGUCGCCGCCGAAGAAGAAAACUCCGAUGACCCAUCUGCCGUUGAUCGUUAUCGUUCACUUAUCCCUCUAAGAAAAUCCAAGAGUUUCACCAUUACAGACUUUCCCGACAGCAACAGCUUGGCUAAGAAGAAGAAGAAGAAGGAGACGAAUCGGUCGAUUUCAGGCUCUUUCGAAGCAGCCAUGUUUGCGCUUUCAUUUUCACAGAGGAAAGAUUCAAAUGGAAAAGUCGAUUUGAGGAGGAACAGAUUGACAAGUAAAAGUAGCCGUUUCUCUUCUGAAAAUAGAUGUUGGAAUCCAAGAAUCAAGGAGAGUCCAUCAGAGGCUUCGUUAAAGUUGGGUUCAUGUUUGUUGGAUCAUGAAGAAGAAAAACAGAGUAUUAUUAAGAAUUCCGAUGAUGAGGAGAAGAAGAAGAAGAACAGAGUAGUGGUAGUGUCUGAUUCGAGUUUGAGAUCGAAGUGGGGGGUUUAUUUGAUUGUUGUGAUGAGUGUUUUUAUGAUUGUUUUUUAUGGUCGGGUUUACUCCUUAGUGGUCACAUCAUGUUUAAGUUUCUGUUUUUUAUGUCGCCGGAAAAAUUUGAAGAUAUUGCCGGCGGAGAAUCAGAGAUUUGUCAUGAUGAAAAAAGAUACUUUGAAGUCGGCAAACCCACCAAAAGGAAUAGGCUUCCAUUAAUGUCGAUAUUAACUUUAUACUUGUGACAAAAUCACUUUUCCCGUGCUUCAUGUUCAACUUUCUAGAAAGUUACUUCAAUGCAUUUAAGAACCUUCAUGGA